GACAGGGAGACACGAAACAUAUCACACUGUACUCGUCUUACACACGCACUCACUCACACUCAUUCAAAAGGAAUUCUACAAUAUUGGGCAGGCCGGUGAGUGUAUGAUUUUAACACAAAGAAGGAGGGCGAGAGGUACCACUGAUGAGAUACGUUACUCCACGUUUGAGGGAACUCCCCAGAGUGUGUGUGCGCGCGUGCACUGUUGUCAGAGAUCGGUUGGGGGACCCAAGACGACACGAUGGGCUGUAACCUGUGCACGCUGCAGAAGAGAGAAGAACAUUACAAGCUGCUGUAUGAGAUUGCGCAGGCGAAUGGCCGUGACUUUUCAAAGUCCGGACAUGAGGGUACGGUGGAAGCAAUGCGGAAGGAUCCCAUUGUGGUGCAGGUGUUAAGACGGGGCACCUCAUCCCGUAACCAGAGCAACCUACAUGAAGUGUGUGUGGUGGACGUGUGCACUCAGACAGACAUCACCUUUGAACACAUAAUGGCUCUGGCUAAGAUGAGACCCACUACCCCACCUGUGCCAGAUAUUUGCCCCUUCCUACUGUCAGACAGCUGUCAUUCCAUUCAGACAAUGGAGCAUGAAUAUUUUGAUUGUCAAGAAUAUGUAUCCAGCACUCAGGCAGAGGUGGACAGGGCUGAUGAAUUUGAGUGUGAGGAGGUUGAGCUCUGUCGAAUGAACAGUCAGGAAAAGCUGGGUCUGACUCUCUGUUACCGCACUGAUGAUGAGGAGGAUGCAGCUAUUUUUGUUGGCCAGGUCGAGCCCAACAGCAUAGCUGCAAGGGAUGGACGCAUCAGAGAGGGGGACCGAAUUUUACAGAUAAAUGGUCAUGACGUGCAGGACAGGGAAGAGGCUGUCGCUCUCCUCUCAAAUGAAAAUUCUAGAUCUAUUGUGUUUCUCAUCACCAGACCUGAAGGACAAAUGGAUGGAAGCUGGCUUGAUGAAGACCAUCAUGAUUUCCUUGAGGAGCUGAAAAUGGAGAUUUUAGAGGAACAGAAGAAAAAUGAACUUCUUCAAACAGCCGGUUGCGUAAAGCGGUCCAAUAGAUGUGAGGAAAGCUCAACAACCACAGAUAUGGCAAUAUGUUCGUCUAGCCUACUAGGGAAGGACAGUGAAGUAAAAUGCAGCUUUGAGGAGAGCUCUGAACAUUCACUCUCUUAUGCCCACUCACGGACUCAAAAACAUUGUCAGGACAGGCGAGAGAAGAGCUCGCAUUUUGUUCCUAUGGACACCAUCAGCUUAGCCAGGCAGGAACUGGGUCAAGAUGGCAGAGUGACUGAUAAUGGUUUGGACAGCUUCCAGCAACUCCUGGAGCUCAAGUGCCAGAUCCGCAAUGGCGGAGAGUGCGGGUUGGUGUAUAGGCGAAGCAGCACUAUUGAAUGUAGCCUGAUGGAGCAGGGUGGAGGCGGUGUAGCACAGGAACUGCACAUGCUCAAUGAGGAACUACAUAGCAUUGAACGUGAGUGCCAGAGUAUCAUGCAGGCACACCAGCUGCGCAGAAGCAUGCACGACUCCCCUCGAACGGAUAAGGAAAGUUGUUUGCGGCGUGGAAAGCUUGCGGAUAUUAACGAACAUCCUGAAAGUCUACAAAGUGUGAAGAUGAAAGAUAAAGACAGCUCUAGUGCUUAUAACACGGCCGAGAGCUCCCGCUCUACGCCACUGGGAACAGAAGGAUCGCCUGACCACUCACUAAAGCAUUGCAUCCUCUUGACCAAUCAGAGAAACCUUCGAAGUACCCAACACAUUCAGAGUCCAUACAGUAGUCACAUCUUUUCAUUACCCUUCCAAAGUAGCACUACUUGCAGUCGUUCCCAUACCAUGACUAGUCCUGGUUCACAAGGCCCCAGCCAAGCCUUUUCCAGCAGCCUAGAGCAAAGCCCCAGCAACCCUUCAGAAUCUGACCCAGCCCUCCCUGCAGAUGACGAACGCUGUGAAAGAGAAAGGAACCAGAGCAAGGUAGGAACCACUCCCCACCAUUCUUCACCCUACCACAGCAACACCACAGCAACCCAACCACCCAGCACACACCACUACCAGAGCUACCUACAGCUUCUACAACAACAUUCCUCUUCCUCUCUGGAAUACUCCCAGAGCCAGCUCAGCCUCCUUAGUCUUCGUGGUCGGCCCGGUCCUUCACAAUCUGGCCGACUCGAAUGGAAGGUUAAAGUACGGGCGGAUGGAACCAGGUAUGUAGCACGCCGUCCUGCACGAGACCGCAUCCUACGGGAACGAGCCCUACGGAUCCGUGAGGAACGUAGUGGUGGGAUGACCACAGAUGAUGAUGCAGUCAGCGAGCUGAAGAUGGGUCGGUACUGGAGUAAAGAAGAACGCAAGCAGCAACUAGCAAGGGCAAGAGAGCAACGACGCAGGAGGGAGUUUAUGCAGAAGAGCAGAGUGGAGUGCCUCAGGGAGACGAUGGGGACAGCAAGUGGGGAGGUCAGCAUCCUGGAGCUCAGUCAUAAGAAGAUGUUGAAGAAACGAAACAAGAAGAUCCUGGACAACUGGAUGACCAUUCAAGAACUAAUGAGCCAUGGUGCUCGAGAACCUGAGGGCACUAAAGUCCACAAUGCCUUCCUCUCAGUUACCACCGUUUAGCAAAGAGUGACACCCUGAACUUAAGAGCACCACCCUUUUGUGGUCUUUUAUGUACUUUCCUCAUUCCAAGUGGCCAUUUUAAAAAAGUGAAGAUGCAGAUAUUUUUCAUGAUUUGUGAAGCUGAGUAAUACUUAGUGUAGACUUUUUUCAAUUCAACUGGAUGUGGUCUCAAUACUCAAAUGUGAAUGUUCAAACUCUCUUUUGAUAUAUUGACAGGUAAUACUUUACCGCUUCAGACCUCACUGUGUUUUUUUACAAGAAUGUAUAAAGUACACAUUUUUAAUAGGAUUUUAAACACUGCAUUGUUUCCAUACAUUUGUAUUUAAUAAUUGGCAAUUUUUCAUGGGGUUUUAAGAAUAAAACAGUAUUUGAAUGUACGUACAAUGUCAGCUUGUGCUGGCAUUCCAUCAUUUAUCCCCGGAAAUAUAAAUAUCCGUUGUUCUUCUCGA